AACCACAGACCGACCGGCGAGCUGUGCAAAGGGCCAGCACGUCAUGGCGGCUGCGUGGUCGCGAUAUGGCCUUGCAGCCUGCUGUGCUUUGCUCCUGCACGAGCUCGCCCGUCAGGCGUCCCCCGCCUUUGUGCAGACUGCCCCUGGAGUGAGUACCAGGCUUUUCCAGUCUUCCCGGCCCCUGGCAGGCCAAAGCGAGAUUCGCCCAUCCGCGGCUGCUCCACGGCCAGUAGCGUUGCCCAUUUUUGCCGCUGUGUGCGCGGCCUCUUUGCUCCGAACAAAAGUGCAGCGUCAUGGCAAAGGCAAACCACAGACUACCUCAGGUGUUCGCGUCAGAAAGCCAAAGAACAACGCCCUGAGAAACUGCAGUAUUGCCACCUUCGAGGAGCUCACCACCAGAGUUCGAUACGAGCCUCUGACUUACAUGUACAGACGGCGCUUCGCCCGGCCAAGGCACAAGCCUAUUCAGAUGGCAACCAGAACUGCCAGAGAGUCUGGACAUAAAUAUCGCUUGGGAGCAAGAGCCCAUGCCAGGAAAUAUCGCAUCAUUGAUUUCGGGCGCACCAAGAGAGACAUGUUUGGAACAAUCCAAACCAUCGAAUAUGACCCAUAUCGCAAUGCUCGUAUUUGCCUGGUGAAGUAUGAGGACGGUGAGAUGCGCUACAUCCUCCACGGAGUGGGCUACUUUGUUGGCCAGGAGGUGAUCUCCUCAGCCGAUGCGCCCAUCUUUGUGGGCAACGCAGUUCCCUUGGACAAGGUGCCCAUUGGAACCAUGGUCCACAACAUUGAGAUGAACCCCACGAACGGAGGCGUUAUUGCUCGUGCAGCAGGUGCCGCCGCCAUUGUUCUGUCCCGAGAGGGCAACCUCGUUACUGUGAAGAUGCCCAGUAGCGAGGUGCGUUUGAUUCCUGAAGAUUGCUGGUGCACUAUCGGGAAGGUGGGCCGUCCCGAAGCGCAACUCAUCAAGCUCGGAAAGGCCGGAAAGUCGCGACAUUUGGGCUUCACUCCACACGUGCGAGGAAGCGCCAAGAACGCCUGUGACCACGCUCAUGGUGGAGGAGAGGGCAGGUCUCCCAUUGGUCACAAGCAUCCGAAGACCAAGUUUGGCAAGUGUGCUGUUGGCAUGCGUACUCGACGAUCUACACGCUCUGACAGGUUGAUCCUCAUCAGGCGCAAGAAGAAGAGCGGCCGCUGAUGGACGAAACGCAGCCAGAAAAGGCGGAAACGCAG